AUGGCGGACAGAGAGAAGAGGAAAGCCAGCCCGCCGUCUGGCCGCAACAUCCAGGUGAACUCCCCGGCCAGCUUUAGGUUGACCCAUGACAUCAGCCUGGAUGAGUUUGAAGAUGACGACCUGUCAGAGAUUACAGAGAUCACAGAUGAGUGCGGGAUGAGCCUCAACUGCAAUGGCCCAGAUAUAAAGGGCCAUGUGAGGCGAGGAACCAAUAGCAUGUCGGGGAGGGCAGAGCUGGGUGCCGUCGGCCAGUUUCAGGCAGAGAUGCUGCAUUUGGAACUCAUCGACGGUGCCGACGGUUACCACAGUGACAAAGAGUCCUUGAAGGCAUCCGCCAUCGCACCACUGCCAAUCACCAAGGACCCUGCAGCACCUGUUACCAUGGAUACCUACCGGCCCAAGAGACCCACAACCCUUAACCUCUUCCCGAUUGUGCCACGCACACAGAUGACUGCUGCUGUCACCCACCUGCUGAUUCACUCAUUACCACAGCAACAGCUCUGUCUCCACCCGGUACACAUUGAUGGGAAUGUGUGUGUGUGUGAGUGUGAGCAAGAGAGCGAGCGACAAAACAAAGACACAUUAAACAACAACUCCUUUGGGAAGAAAUACAGUUGGCAGGAGAAGGUUUCAGGCUCGUCCUUGCCUCUUAAAACAGGUGAGCUCACCCCUCCACGUGAGCACAGCUGCCUGAGCGACGAGGACAAGGUGCAGGGCGUGGGGGCGCAGACCAAAGACCGCGGGACUUCCACUGACGCCCCCUGCAGACACAGCCACACCUCUGGACACUCUGCAACGGCUGCGACUCGCUCCAAGCUGCAGGAGAAGCCGCCUGCGCCACCCCCACCGCAGAACUAUACACCUGCUCCUCUAAACCCAGCAAGGAAGGCCGAUGGAGGGGGGCACCACCGGGAGAGGAUCCACUACCACACGGACGUCCAUAUAGAACCCACAGAGGAGAUUUAUCUAACUCCUGUGCAGCGUUCUGCCGACCCUCUAGACCCUCCCAACGUGCAGGAGCGGCCUUUCCUCUCGCAGCAGACUGAGCAGGGCCGCAUGUCCAUCAGCUCCGACACAGAGGGCCCACCUCCAUACCAGCCCCUCCCAGACCGGACAAACCCCUCCAUCUAUGAGGAGGACGAGGUAUAUGUCCCCCCACCUUCAUAUACUUCCUGUGUAGAGUCCAUCAUCACGCCACCCAGCAUGGCUCACUCAGCCCGCUCCUCCCUCACACUGGACCUCAGCCUGAAGGGGGCAGGAACGGGGGCCGGGGUCAUGCUGAGACCCGGAUCAUCUGUGGAGUACGUGGAUGCCACAGAUGAAAGCUACUGCGGGGAAGAUGAGGAUGUGGACAGGAUAAUAAUGGAUGGAAGUUUGGGGAAGGGAGGAGAAAAUGGGGGAGGAAAGGAUUUAGUAAAUAGGGAUGGCGGUGGCAGGAGAGUCCCACCUAGGACUUCCAUGAGCUCGGAGGCCAGCGGCCUUUCAUAUGACUCGGUAAAAUACACACUAGUGGUUGAUGAGCACGCUCAGCUAGAACUGGUCAGCCUCCGGCAAUGUUACCAAGGCUACAGUGACGACAGCGACUCGGCUACCGUCUAUGACAACUGCGUCUCUUCUCCCUACGAGUCUGCCAUAGGGGAGGAGUACGAGGAGGAAGAUGAGGACGAUGAGGAUGGCAUUCAGAUAGGAGGAGUGAGGAGAGAGGCCACGGCUUGUCUGUCUGAAGACUCCACUCCAGAGGUCGACCUGCACUUCUCCAAGAAGUUCCUCAACGUCUUCAUGAAUGGACGCUCUCGCUCUUCCAGUGCCGAGUCCUUUGGCCUAUACUCUUGUCUCAUAAAUGGAGAGGAGAGGGAUCAGAGCCACAGAGCCGUCUACAGGUUUGUCCCUCGUCAUGACGAUGAGUUGGAGCUGGAGGUGGAUGAUCCAUUGCUGGUGGAGGUCCAGUCAGAGGAUUACUGGUACGAGGGCUACAACAUGCGAACUGGUGCCCGUGGGAUCUUCCCAGCUUAUUACGCUAUAGAGGUGAACAAGGACACGGAGAGCUACAAAGUGAAAAGCAGUGAAUGGAUGGACAGAUACCGGCUGAAGUUUCUGGGCUCAGUUCAAGUGCCCUUCCACAAAGGAAACGAUGUUCUGUGUGCAGCAAUGCAGAAGAUUGCAACCAACAGAAGGAUGACAGUCAAGUACAACCCGCCUUCCUCCUGCAUCCUGGAGAUCAGCGUGAAAGGCAUCAAGCUUGCAGUUCAAGAGGAUUAUUAUGCCUGUGACAGAAGUAAUGAGUGCAGUCACUUCUUCCAGUUAAAGAACGUCUCCUUCUGCGGCUAUCACCCUAAAAACAGCAAGUAUUUUGGUUUCAUUACUAAGCAUCCCGCAGACCAGAGGUUUGCCUGCCAUGUGUUUGUGUCUGAAGACUCCACCAAACCUCUUGCAGAGUCAGUAGGGAAAGCCUUCCAGUUGUACUAUAAGGAGUUUGUGGAGUUCUCGUGCCCGACAGAGGACAUCUACCUGGAAUAGUCCUGCCCUGCCCUGCCUUCAACCACAGCCCUGUACAGUACACUGUAUCAUAACAUAAUGUUGCAUGAAGGACAGACAUCUAAAAAAAAAGAAGAAAAGAAUCCAAAUUUAACACAUCUGACAAACAAGCAGGAAAAAAAGGAUCAAGUACUGGAUGAAACCUGCAAUGUGAAAACCUCUGUGCAGCAAAGAAGAGAUGAAAAUGAACCAAAGGAGGAGUGUCUUGAGAAAAGAAAAUAUGCAAAAUGGAGUCAGUGAUGAGGACGGUGACCGCAGGUUGUCCAUGGAAAGCACAAACAUUAUAUCACCGCAGCCUUGGCAGCACUAGUUAGCCUGUAGCGUCAUCUCAGCAGGUGCAACACUGAAAGCCCAGGAGCCUUACUGAGAGAUUUGGAAACAGGAUGAGUUUGCUUUGACUUUAAAUAUUUAGGAUAUGAGCUUUGAGGGAGGUGUAUAUUUACUAAAUGACAUCAUCACACUGAAAAUCUACACUAAGUGAAACAAAUCCAUGUAGGAACAGUGACCUUUAUCCUUUCAGCACACCUGAUAUAAAGGUGAUAUCCACAUUGUUCGAUCCACCCUAAAACACUGUUAUAAAACCAGCUGCAGGUGAUGUUCUUUGCAUUCUUUUAGAUGACAGGUAUCGAGCCGAACCUUGUUGUCAAAUCCAGACAACUUGAUCAGCUGUUUGACAGAAUAAAAUGUUCCAUCCACCUGGAACAUGAAAAACAGCAGGUUGUGGUGAAAAACAGCAGGUUGUGGUGUCCAUAGGGCUCUCUACACAUGAUCUGUAUGGGCUGUGCACACUGCAAGGUGGGGCUCAAGAGUACAAUGCGGAGGCACAAGUGUAGCAAAGUUUUGUGUCGCCAUUCCCCAACGCAGGAGAGAACAAAAUAAGCCUAGCCAAGACUGUAUUUCAGUUUGACACAAAGACCAGUAAGAGCCUGAUAAGUGAUCAACAGAAAGUUAGUCUGCAAAUAUUUUGAUAAUUGAUUAAUUGUAAAAAGUCAUUUUUAAGCAAAAAUGCUAAAGAUUCACUGGUUUCUCCUUCUCAAAUGUGAAUAUUUGCUGGCUUUCUUGGUCUUCUAUUAUAUUAAAGUAUCUUUAGGUUUUGGAUUCUUGUUUGGACAAAGAAGACCAUUUUAAUGUGUCAACUUGGACUUCUAAUGGAACAAAUGAAUAAUUGAUAAUAAAAAAUAAUCAUUAGUUAUUGCCUUACACCCAAUAAUUAGGAAGGGUUCAGGUGCAUUAAAACCUUUUUAUUCCUUCACGUUUUGCUUUCAAACAACGUCAAAGUUGUAACUGAUUGAGUUUUAAAUGCAGUGGCAAGGCAUGACUUAUAAGUGGUGUACAAUCCCCAAGCUAGCACAGCUGUGAGGUCCGGCAUCUUUACUAUCUCCUUUGGCAACGCAGAUGCAAAGUAAUUCUUUGCUGCAGAUCAUGUGUAGAGGUCCUUAGAAUCAUAGAGCCAAUGUACCACAAUCAGACAGGGAGAGGGGGAUAUAUAAAAAACAAUUUCUACAUCCAAAGGAGAAGGCAGUAGACUAUGAUGCAAUGCCACAGUUUCCAUGCUAGCUAAAUCUGUUGGUUUUCUGUAGGUUGAAGGGCAUUUUGGGAAAUGUAGGUCACUACUAACUGAAGUAAGAGGAGACAAGGCAGGGUAGACUAAACACUGAAUCACAAAAAACUCCUUAAAUGCACUCAGCAUCACUUGUCGAUAAAAAGAAAAAGGGUGGAGAUUUUUCUUUUCAAACUUUUUAGCAGCUCCUACUGUAUGUUACUGUAGUGCUAAACAACCCCCACCAUUUGCCCAGUAAAGCCCUAGUCCUUAAUUCCUAGUCACACUGCCCUUCUAGGUAUUAAAUCAGUGAUGAAGAUGUUUACAAUAAGGAAGAAUAAGACACUGGUUUAGGUUCUUUGGUGGUUCAAGACGAGUUCCAACAUACAGAAUUCUCCUACGUAGUGUUCUAGAAACUUGCUCCUCAUAGUUUCCAUAUCAGAAAUAUUAAAUGCUCUCAGUGUGGCGGUGAUAAGAUCAUAAGGCUGAUCCUCAGUACAGUAGGCGUGGGUGCUGACAAGGGAGCAAGAGCAAAACUCUGGUGUCUUCAUAUCUCCACUAGUAGUGCCUCUUUUUCAUCAGAUCAUUGUGACCUUCCUUAGUGAACAUUAUCACAUUUUAAGGGAUCGCCACUGAGUGUGUUGAGUUUAAGAGUUUGAAUGCAAAUUUAGAUGAAGGAUUAUGUUUGAUGUGACUUGCCCUUCCACUGCACUAAAUGUGCUGUGCUGUACCUGUGCUGUCACAGGUCACAUUUCAGAAACGUGUAAGACGUUAAACAGACACGACAGAACAAUUCAACCGAAACCAAGAAAGUUCUUUAAUCGACAAGUAUGCUGAGGUGUCGUUAGGCCUGGGCGUCCCCUGGCUACAGAAUAGCCCCAGAUAUCUCUCUCUCUUUCUCUCUCUCUCUCUCUCUCUCUCUCUCUCUCAAUUAUGUUAAUACAGCCAUGUAUCUAGAUAUGCAUAGGAACGUGCACAACACACAAAUUAUGCAUCUUUAACGUUAUAGAACAUAAUUUCUCUAAGUGCGGCCCCGGAACAUGACAUGAAGUGCAUGCAUAAUAUUUGAAACAUCUCUGGUUUAUUUCAGUACAUUCCCUUUAAGUAGUCUAAAUUCUAGCAAGCAAGCACGCAGCUGUCAGGGUAGGAAUGACAACUUGUAGAAAACUACUGGUCGCAUGACAACAAGUGGCACCUCGCCAGUGUCGCUGGAACUACAUUCUGUCAUCAAUGCUAGUGCUGUUAGCUAAAGUUAGCAAUUUCGGUGGACAACAACAGUAUGUGUCUUCAGAACUUGGAGAACCUCUGUUUCAAAAGAGCGUCUGGCUCAUUAGCUGCUGGCUAGCAUCAGCCCAGCUAAUGAGACAGGAGUGGAGCUGCAGACUUGAUAAACUUAGAUAACAUUGAGCAUUAUUGUUUGAAUGGAAUUACAAAGAAUGAUCAAAUGUAUUACUCAAAAAUAAUAAGUAAAAAGCCACAUGGCAUGAAUAUUUUAUUAUUCAGCCCUUUAACUUGGUCUCAGUUUUGUUAAAUGCUAAACAGCUUUGAAACAAAAAAAUGAAUGCCAAUAAAAGUCAUACUGACAUUUGUUGCUUAGAAAUACAUGACUUGAGAGUAUAGCUUAAGCAAUUAGUUGAUUAAUCGAUUUGUCUAUUGACUGAAAGAUAAUUGGCAACUCUUUUGAUUAUCGAUAAUUCAUUUAAGUUAUUUUUCAAGUGAAAAUGACAAACCUUUCCCAGUUGCAAGCUUCUCAAUUAAGGCUAUUUGCUGCUUUUCUUCAUCUUAUACUGUUCUGAACAAGGGCCCAAAAAGUCAUGACAGAAAACCAAGGCCACUUUUUUCACCCUCGGUCCAGCACGGGUACAGCACAGUUAUUUCUGCAGUGAAAAACAAACAGAAAGUGUGUUUCCUACAUCAUUUAUCACUAACACUAAUUUCUAACAGAUUAUUUUAUGUGAUCUAUAUUUAACAGAGGAUAAAAUGUCUGUUUAAUGAAGAAUGUGGAAAUUGUCCAUUCAGCCAUCUCAGCAGUCCCCACUGUUUGUUCCUUUCAAAAGAAAAAUCGGAACAAGUUGCCCGCUGUGACUGAUCAAAGCAUCAAGAGAUCAGCAGAUAGGAGAAAUUGUACCAUAGUGGGGGCUGAACUAAGGGUGUAUA